AUGGCUGUGGUUUUCAGAUUUGUUGAUAAGAGAGGAUCAGUUAAAGAAAGAUUUAUGGGAGUUGCUCAUGUAAAAGAAACGUCUGCCUUAUCUCUGAAAUCUGCGAUUGAUGAUUUAUUUGCAAAGUAUGGGCUGAGUCUAAGUAUGGUUAGAGGGCAAGGUUAUGAUGGAGCAAGCAAUAUGAGUGUUGCGAAGAAGCAUCUUGAGGUUGGUAAUUUCUUCGAUAUGAUUUCUGUGCUGUUGAAUGUUGUUGUAGCUUCCUGCAAGCGGAAAGACAAGCUUCUAGAUCUGAAUCGAAAGACAGUGGAGGAAGGAAUUGAUAGCGGUGACAUUAACACCGGAACAGGACAAAAUCAAGAGAUUUCUCUUCCGAGGCCUGCAAAUACUCGUUGGGGUUCACAUCAUAAAACAUUGCUGCAAUUCUUGAGUAUGUUCAAAAUGAAGGCACCGAGGACGCAAAAAGACGUCAAGCGUAUGGUCUUCUCAAGUAUUUUCACACAUUCGAUUGUGUCUUCUAUAUGCAACUAA